CAUCUUGUUGAUUCAUUUUCUCACAUUCUCAUAACGUCCUAAACAGCGAAAAGUAGUAGGUCAAAAGAAAAGAACAUUUUUUUUCUUUUCUUUUUUAUUCCAAUUCAAUUUCGACCAUUUUAUUAAAUUUCCCUCACUUUUGCUUCUCCAUAAUUGUUCACAUUAAUGCAACACUUUCUUUUCGCAGCAAUUACAGUUUCGUUUUCUUCUCUCCAUCACAAUCAACCAUCUCUUCGCAUUAAUUGACGUUUAAAUGUUUUCUCUUCCAACCAAAUCAUCUUCAUCUUCACUUUUCUUCAUCUUCUGCUCUUCCUUUGAGUCUCUUUAAUUCAUUUCAAUUCAAUUCUAUUCUCCUGCUUUUCCGAGAACUGCAACAAGUGUCUCUCUCUCUCUUUUUCUCUCUUUUCGCUUCUCUCAAUUUAAUGUUGUGCCUUUUCCGCCAUUGUUGUUGUUGUUGUUUCCAUCGUCCUCACAAUCCAAUUGAUCUUAAUACAAAUGAUCCAGUCAAAAGAAGCAUCUUCAUCCCAAGCAACUAAAGUACCAAUUGAUUUUGACGACGAACCUUCUGGGCCUUACAUCCCUAUAUCUGAAUGUUAUACUGGGAAACCAGUUUCUUUCAAAGGUUAUCCUAACAGUAACCAUCACCUUCCCCCUCCUCCUCUGCCAUCUUGUUCAUCUUCCAGUGUUCACCAUCCAAUUCAUCAGUCUCAUGGACUGGGGUACAAGCAACUGACCCCCAGCCCUGGGGUCCAUCAUAACCAUAACCUGAAUCACAAUCAUCAUCAGGUGACCAACUAUGAUGUUCCUCGUUCAAGUGUCUUCACCAAAGUAGCGCUUCCGAUCAACUCUCCAUCCACUGGUCUCUCUCUCUCAUCGUCCCACACACUCAAUGCUCGUAAAAGCAAACCUCACAAUCUGACUGUUGGUCCAUUGAGUCAUACACUCAAUCGGCAUGAGCGUCUCUCCGAUUCCAACAAUUCAACUCUUUCCCUUCGUAGUCGAGUCAGUAAGCCCAAUGGUGAAUUUGGCCAUUCAAGCUACAGGAAUGAACCACCGCCAAGGCCACCCAAGCCUAAGAAGUUGAACAAUCGAAGCAAAUCCGAAAGUUGCUCUCCUGCUUAUGGAACAAACCAUUUUAAUAGCAACGAUCAUUUAUCACCUUCAACUCCAUUCAAUAGUCAUUUAGAUUCACCAUCGUCACCAUCAGGCCAAUUUAAUCCCACCAUUAAUUCAAGUUCAAACAACAACAUUAACAUCAACAUCAACAACAUUAUCAACAAUAACAAUCAACAUAAUAAUCAACAUAACAACAACAAUAACAACAACAUAGUAAACACCCCAACCUCUCAACCAUUAACUCUUGAUGAUGUUUAUGAUUUCCCAAAAUCAGAACCAGUAUUUAAUAGCAUGAGAACUGCAAUUCCUGCCCUGGUAACUGAACUACCAAAGAACAGUCAUUCUUACACUAAUGCGCCUCCAGGUCAUUUAAGUAAACCUCCAGUUUUCACUUACGAUUACAAGGGAACUUUACCUGUUUAUCUAGACGAUAAUACGAUUGCUUUUGAUUUGGAUAAUUGUGAUCGAUCUCCAUCUACACCAAACUCUGCAUUUGAUUCGCUUUCUUCAAGCGGCUCUCUGUCCAAAAGUCUCACACCUCCGGCAGUUAAUCGAGAUUUAAAGCCAAAACGACGAGACUCUGAUUCUGAUACAAAUGUUUCUCCGACAAGUCCAACAUUUACUCUCGCACCUCCACCAGCUCACUCGAAAUCUUAUAUUAAACCAACAAGACACUUGGCUGAUGGGCCACCUCGAGUUCCUUCAAGAGGAAGACAAUUUCAACAUCAUGUUACUCGAGAUGAAUCAAAUUCAGAUGAAGAUAUAAUCAGUCACUCUUCCAUUUUCCAUAAACGAAAUUCAUCUUUAGACGAUCAGUCUCGUCGCGCUUAUACUAUUCCUAGAAAAUCACCAAUCGACUCUCCAAAUGUAACUUACCUGGAUCUUGAUCUAAUGGGAAACAGUAAAGGCAAAGAUUCACCUCGUUCACGUUCAUCUAAUUCAUCUGAUCCAUUCAAGUCAUCGUUGAAUCAUUCAAAGGAUCUCAUUGGAACAUCCAGUUUAAGUGGUUCUCAGUCAACAGUAUAUAAAAGUAUCGAUUUUGUUGCAACUGAUGCUUUCCGUCAACUUAGAAUAAGUUCACAACGAUUAGUGAGAGAGAUUGAGUUUGCUAGUGUUAAACAAAAGUUAUCAAAUUUUAAUUAUCCAUGUUAAAGACUUUUAUUAUUUCAACUCUAAACUGUAUCAAAUCUUCAUCAUCAUCCUCUUAACACGUCCAAAUUUCUAUCCUGACUAUUGUGCAUUUCAUGGUGCAAAAUGAUUCGAUUCAUCCUCUUAUUUUAUCUUCAUCUUGGCUCAAAUACACAACAAUCAGAGAGAGAGAGAGAAAUUCAAAGAUAAUAUCAAAUUUUACAUGUUAUCUUCUUUCGCCAAUCAAUAUCAAUUUACUAUUACAAUUGAUGUUAAUCUCUUAAUUUUUCGUAAGUUUAAUCUUAUUGAACUAAGUUGAUUUGGAAGAUAUUGGUUAAUCAUAUCAUUCUAAAUGAAGGGUGAGAAUUGAACAUCAAUGGAAGAUUAUAAACAGACUGGAUUACUCUGGGAAAUGUCAAUCGAUCACAAAGUCAACAUGAAAACUUAAUUUCUCUCUGUGAUUGUGCAUCCAAUUCAUCAAAUCAACUUGUGAUUAAUAUGCACUCUCAUCUUUACUUGAAAUGUGACUAAUGCAACUCUCAAGAGUCUCCAUUGUCACCAUCAUCAUCAUCAUCAUCAUCCUUGUGAAAGUAAUAACUACAAACACUAAAUGAAAUUGAAUAUCCAUUUCUAGAGUCGAUGCCAAUACCAGAAAUUGAUGAUUAUUUUGCUAAACAUCUGAAUUCUGAACGAGCAAGAAAAGGUUCAAGUGCCUUAAUCAAAUUCUGUCAUUGACUCAAACACCCAAAGCAAAAAACUUUGAAGCAACGAAAAGCCAAUGACUUAAAAGCUUAGCUAUUUCAUUUUCUUCCAAUCUUGAUAUUCAUCUGUUUCAUUUUGAUUAUCAUUCUAAUUGCAAAUGAAAAUUGCAAUCACCAGCGGAACUCUGAUACUCUGAUCCAAUUUCCUGUUCGCACAAAAUUAACCUUUUAUACCUGAAUUAUGAUUGUUUACAAUAAUAUCCUCUCUCUUUCUUUCUCUCUCUCUAUCUCUCUGAUUCGAGCCCCUGUUAAAACAAUCAUUAACUUGUAUGAAUCUUUAAAAAAAGCAAACGAUAAAUUACCAAAAAGUGUCAUACAAAAGUCCAAUCACCCAAACCUGCGAUAAAUCAAUCAAAUUGAUACACAACAACAACAACAACAUUUACCGUCCCAGAUAAUUUGACAAUGAUGACAAUAAAUGUCUCAUUUCUUAAGCCAAUAAAGUACAUGAACUUUUUAGCUUCUGUUGAUUUUCCUGUUAACAUCACUUCUCAACGAGAUAAUGAUAUUGUUGGUUUAUAACAAAGGCGAAGGACAAACACAAAAGGAGAGACAAUUAUCGUUUCUAAUCAUGUUUAACCAGAAAGCCUUUUUCUUAUGUACAUGUAAUUAUUUACGAGGCAUAAACAGUGCAAAGCGACCAAUCAUUUCAUCAUUGCUCAUCUCUCCUUCUCCCUUGCUCUUUCCUCCCUCCCUCUUCCUCUAUCAUCUUUCGCUCUUUCGUUUCCACCUCUAGAGAAAGUGAGAGAGAGAGAGAGCAUGAAAAUAAGCAAAAAAUUAAAGGGAAACCUCGAUGAGCUGUAGGCUUAGCUGCAGGUCAAACACAAGAAGCUAUUGAUCAGGAAUCUCUCUGUGCCAAAUAUUUACUUUCUCUUGCUCUCUUUUUGCUUCGAAUUCAUUUUCGUUUUCAUCUCUCUCUCUCUCUCUCUCUCUCUCUCUCUCUUUAUAAACGAAAAUGAAAUUCUGUUCCUUUCUUUCCUCAUCAUCUCUCUUUCUCUUUCCACCUUCAAGUUUUCAUUUACAAUCAGAUGAUAUUUAACUGUUUCUACUGAUUUAUUCAUCUCAACUUUCGUUUUCUUCUCUUUUUAUUCUCCUUAUUCUUUUCAUCAUCAUCUCCCUUUUCUCAUUAUCAUCAUCCUCUGCACUCUCUCAACAACCAUUUACACAUUCUAUUCGUAUAAACAACUCUACAUUUCUUGGAAAAGGAUUAAUCAUCAUUAUAUCAACACGAGGAUAUUAUGAGAUUCACAGAUAUUAACAUCGCACUUUUUAUAAUUAGCUGUUGGUCAAAAAACUCAAUUAAUUCAAUGUUACAGAAAAUAGGAAAAACAUAAUUGCAAACUUAUUAUUCACAAUACAUUGCAAUACAUUGAUUGCUAUUGAAUCUUUUGACAACAAUUGAUUAUCAUCUACAAUUUCAUCAACUAUCAAGUUUAUUAACAAGCAUUUUUAUAUUCUACUAUUAUUACUCAUCAAAUCAUCUCAUUGGAAUCAUCAUAAUCAUAAUCAUCGACGACAAUGAAACAACAAUUACUCACCUUGUUCAUAGUUUUUCCCCGAUAAACAGGAAAUGAAAUGAACAUUGAAAAGGAUGUGUAAUCAUCAUCAGAUUAUCAGAUUAACAGUUUUCCCGUUUUCGAAUCAAUAUCUUUGCAAAGAUAUUCAAUUCGUUACGAAAAUAACAAUCAAUAAGAUGUUUUUCUUUCUUUGUAUAUCAUCACAAUCAUGACGAUAAUUAAUAUCAGAUGGAAAAACAAUCAAAAGAUUCACAAUCUCUUAAUCAACUGUAAAUGAUGUUGAUUGUUCAAUUGAUUGUCUGUUAAAGUAAAAACUGGAAAACCAACACUUCUUUAUACAUAUUAUAUAAUAUUUAUGUAAACAAUUAAUGCUUAUAUAUCUUUGCCUUAUAUGUUAACUGUGCAAUAAUUGUGCUUUCAUUUUGAUGGAUUAAUCAUGAAAAACAACAAUCAACAAACAAUUUAA